AUGAUGCAGAUUGAUCGCAAUACCUACUCACCGAGUAAUCACCACCCUUUCCAGCUCUUCCCUCAGCAAUCUCUCGACGGCAAUUCGAACACGAAUAACACCUUCAGCCAGUCCACGUCGCUCUCGACCUUAGAUACUGCCGCCGCCGCUAUCGCCGCUACUCAGCGAUACAGGACGCCCGCGACGCCCUCGACACAACAAAGCUUUGACGGGGGAAACAAUAGCCAGAGCCUAAGCCAGGUUCCAGACUUGAUGCCGUCAGAUGCGUGGAUGCUUCAUAGCAGUCAACCAACUCCGAGGCCAACACAUCGCUUCAACCACCAACGCGAAUCCUCGCUAUCGUCGCUUGGAUCUAACGGUCCGGCAUCGCCAUAUAAUGGCAACACGUCAAAUCCACAUAUUGCCGUGCAAGAUUCAGGUAACGACGGGUACCACGACAUAGGAGGUGGCGAGAACACCUACACAUACAGCAUGGGAAAACCGAUGUCCAUCGGUCAGCACAUGCCGCGCGAUGUAUCCUCGGUUGAUGGCUUGUCAAACCUAGCGAAUCAGCAGCAACAGAAGCAAAGGGGUGACCGAGGCUUAGCUCCGGCUCCUGAAUUGUCGAUUGGCGGUGGAAAUUCUUCAGCCAGAUCUCACCCCGUCUCGGUGGCGAGUUCAGUUGCAGGUGACUCACCCGCGACACCGUCGUUCCACGAAUCCGAAGACGAUUGCCGAAGAGCAAGGAAUGUUUUUCAUACCCAACAAGUUCCUAAACUAGAUCGCACUAUGACCGACAUCUAUAGCGACGAGCUAUACAGCCCUAACUUCACUAUAACGUCAGCUUCUCCACCGCCUCAGACCCAAAUGGCGAUGUCACCUAGUAACGACUUGUUCGCUCAGAGGCUCCAGGCUGCCAACAGUCAACAUCUGAGCGCAGUGCAAUCACCCGUCUCAAGCACAUCGCGAGAUGACCAGUCUCCAUUCCGACAAGGUUCGCCUUACGCCUCUGUUCUCGGCGAAUUUCCCCAAGUGGGCGUAGAACAAAUGCAGCAUAUCGGAUCGGCUCGACAAAUCAACCAGCGGUUGAAGGCUGAAAGAGACGACAAGGAACUACAACAACAUAUGGCGCGCAACUCUGCGCAGCAACAAGGUACACCAAACACGAUCUCGCCAAAGGAUGCGUUGCUCGACUUCAACGAGUCGGAUGACGGUUCUAGCAUCCCUCUGUUUCAACCGCAUGAGAUCAAUAGUUACAACAUGGAGCCUACCAAGAACGGCACCACAAACGCAGCGCCUAGGACUAUCUCACAACAGUCGAGCCCGUCCUUCCAGUCGAUGGCAUCGACACCAAUACAGGCUGCAUUUAAUUUCUCCAUGCCUAGCAAUAUUCAAUUACCGCAGCAGUAUCCUUUCCUAGGACACCGACAUCAGCAGCAGCAGCAUCAGCAGCAAUCUUCGACCCCUGCGCCCUCAACAUAUUCACGGGUAAGCUCGGCUGAAGCCAGCAACUCAGAGGGCGGCGAUGUUCCGAGUCAGAAACCAGCGGGAGCCAGCGCAGACGGAGGCACCUACACGUGCACAUAUCACGGCUGUACGCUACGAUUCGAGACACCACAAUUACUACAGAGACACAAGCGCGAGGGACAUCGACAAGCCAACGCCCUAAGCCACAUUAGGUCCCCGAUCAAUACGAGUGGACUUCCCGGUAGUAUGCUUAACAGUCAGGCUGGACCGCAUAAAUGCGAGAGGACAAACCCGAGCACGGGAAAGCCAUGCAAUACGAUCUUUUCCAGGCCCUACGAUCUUACGAGACACGAAGACACGAUUCACAACGCACGCAAGCAAAAAGUCCGGUGUGAUCUCUGCACAGAAGAGAAGACGUUUAGUCGGGCAGAUGCGCUCACAAGGCAUUACCGCGUCUGCCACCCUGAUGUAGAGUUCCCGGGGAAGCACCGGAGGCGCGGUGGUGGCGCCGCAUGA